AUGAAUGCAGAUUACGUAGCCGGCGGCGAAUUGUUCACGCACCUUUACCAGAGGGAACACUUCAACGAGAACGAAGUACGGAUAUACAUAGCCGAAAUCAUACUAGCUUUGGAACAGCUGCAUAAGCUGGGCAUCAUCUACCGAGACAUCAAGCUGGAGAACAUCCUGCUGGAUGCGGAAGGUCACAUCGUGCUGACCGACUUCGGUCUCUCCAAGGAGUUCUGCGGCGGCGAGAGCAGGGCAUACAGCUUCUGCGGUACCAUCGAGUAUAUGGCGCCCGAGGUCGUCAGAAGCGGCAGUCAAGGGCAUGAUAUCGCCGUAGACUGGUGGUCAGUGGGCGUCCUGACAUACGAGCUGCUGACCGGAGCGUCUCCAUUCACGGUGGAAGGCGAGAAGAACACGCAGCAAGAGAUCACCAAGCGCAUCGUGCGGUGCAGCUACCCCAUACCGACUGACGUCAGCACCGAUGUGCAGGACUUUAUCAAGAGGCUCCUGGUGAAGGACCCUCGACGCCGGCUGGGCGGCGGCGAUGACGACGCGGAGGAGCUCAAGAGGCACCCGUUUUUCCAGAACCUAGACUGGGAGGCGGUGGCCCGUCGUGAAGUGCCCGCGCCAUUCGUGCCUCAGCUAUCGCACGCAGCGGACACCUGUAACUUUGCGGAUGAGUUCACGCGUAUGCCGCCUACAGACUCACCAGCCCAGGCGCCUAAACACCACGACAAGCUGUUCCUUGGAUACUCGUACGUGGCGCCCAGUAUACUGUUCUCCGAGAACAUCAUAUCGGACCAAAUCUGGAUGCAGGCCACGGGACAGAAGCACGACAAACUUAAGGGAUGGGUCGCCAAGGAUUCGCCGUUCUUCCAAAAGUACGCGGUUGAUCUCAGCACGCCACUGCUAGGCGAUGGCUCAUACUCGGUGUGCAGAAAGUGCAUUCACAGGCAGACUGGCAAGGAGUAUGCCGUUAAAAUAAUCUCAACACAGAAAAAAGAUAUUAGGCAAGAAAUUGAACUGCUCAAGGCGUGUCAAGGGUGUCCCUACAUAAUCACCCUGCACGAAGUUUUCCACGACUCGGCCUUCAGCUACAUAGUAACAGAGUUAGCGCGUGGCGGCGAGCUGGCGUCCCAACUGACCGGAGCACUAGACGAGCGCCUGGCACGACGUGCAUUGGCUCAACUCGCACGCGCCGUGCGACAUAUGCACUCGCGCCGCGUCGUGCACCGCGACCUUAAGCCCGAGAACAUUCUCCUGACGAGCUCGCGUCUCAGUGAGGCUAAGGUGAAGGUGGUGGACUUCGGCUUCGCGCGCCGCGCGCCCGAGUGCGACGAGAGGCAGCGCAUGAUGACGCCUUGCUUCAGCUUACCGUACGCGGCGCCAGAGGUGGUGUCUCGCGCGCGGAGCUCGACCGCGCCGGGCUACGGGCCCGCCGUCGACCUGUGGAGUCUGGGCGUCAUCUUCUACUGCAUGCUGUGCGGCAAGGCGCCGUUCCAGCCGGGCUGCAAGAAGGAGCCCGUCACCGUCUUCAUGGACCGCAUCCGCAGCGGCAGCUUCUCUAUGGAAGGCCCGCACUGGGAGCACGUGUCGCCGGACAGCAAGCGCCUGGUGUCCGAGCUUCUGUCCGUGGAGCCGGCGCGCCGCCCCAGCGCUGCCGAGCUGCUGCAAGCGCUGGGACACGCUGACGAAGCUAGCUUCCAGCUCGCUGACAUGACCAAAGCGGAUCUGUACAAGCGUCGCAGCAAGAACAAGCGGCCGCCCAGCACUGAGACGUCCGAAGAGUUACUCCACACUCUCGGUCAAAUACGUUCUCAUGCUAGUUCCAUCGACCGCGACCUCGAGCUCAUCAAGGCUCACACCCUCCCUACGCCCGCCGACGAACCGCCAGAACCUACCUUCAACGACGACGACAUACCCUCAGUCAAACCAGUCGAGAAAACCUACGCGAAGUCCCGCUCCAAACUCGACGACUAUAUCUAUAUCGAAUCCAGCCAGGGUUUAGACGAAACAGAAGUCGCGUUCCCGAAAUCAACUCGCACCAAAAAGAGCAAAGAACGACAGUCCCCACCUAGGAAACGCAGAAAAAUCGACGUCAGAGACGCGAAGAGAAAUCAACUCAAUAUCAAUGGCGAUAGAGAACUUCGCAGCAAAACUGAGGAGAAGGUAGAACAACGCGUGUUGAGAAGCAAGAGCGCUAGUGAAAAAGAAAAAGACAAGAAGAGGCCCACUAAGGAAUCAAUAGAGAACGAAAAGACGGUCUCUCGUGUCACCCGCAAACGGAAGUACGAAGAGACCACCAAACCGGUUCUCAGAGAGAAGGGUCAAAACGGGCAUUCCUCCAGGAAAAAUAGCGUCGAACCCGAAGCGUCUACUAGGAAAAUCGCUCGGGCGAAGAAAACAAAAGCACCCGUGCCCCAACUGAAACUGGACUUAGAACAAAACGUACGAAUGACUCGCUCCCGACGGAGACGUCUCGAGAUCAGUCUGUCUCCCUCUCAAGUGAAGAGCGUCGCACCUGCUUUCUCUUUCGAGUCCGACCGACGAGUGAACUCCGUCGAGAGCUCCCGGUCCGCUAAAGUCAACACCAAGAAGGCCCCGGCCCGUAAAACCAAAACCAAAGCUAAAAAAACACCCGUACGAUCCACCCGCACCCGCGCCACUAGAAGGUGAAAAAAUUAAACCAAUCACGUUUCAAAUCACGCCAUCCGUUAACCUGAACGCGAUAGUAGACUGUUUCUUCUAGUUUAAAAUUCCAAUAUGGCGUCGUAACCUCAAAUUCCAAAUAACGAGACAGUGAUGCAAUAAUGGACGCUUUGCUCACGAUUAGAAUAGCGAAAUGAAUAAAGAUGAUUAUUUAUUCGACAGAGUAAGUUUUAUUGUGUAACGCGCGAUCUAGCUCGCGUCUCGCGAUAGACAUGUUUUUAUUUUUUAAUCCUUUUAUUUAAUGUUACUAUUAA